CAUUUUUUCCUCAACUUUGUGAAAAAGCUGCUACGAAAUCAGUCAUUAUUGGCCGCAACCAUCACGGGAAAAAACAUCUUAAGACAUCCUGGAGAGACUAACGUGUUAAGCAUGCUGAGCAUGUCAAAAAAAAAAUAAACAGUGACUAUGACCCACUAGCCUGUACCGUCAAGGGUGUAGCACCAAUUUCUAGGCCCCAAGACAUUAGUCUCCUGAUACAUACUCCUAACGCAUACAGUUGUUUGAGCAAAAUUAAGUAAGUAGUGCAAAAUAACUAAAUAUAAUAACUGAAUAUAUAUAUACAGUAUAUACAUACAUACAUACAUAUAUACUGUAUAUACAUACACACACACACACACAUAUAUAUAUGGAUAUUUAUGAAAAUAAAUAAUGUCUCAAAAAAACUGGACAAUAUAGAUCUAAUCCAGAUAACCUUGGUAUCGAUACAAUCGAUAUUUGGAUCCAUAUUUAGGUCACACCCCCUCCCUCCAUGCUGUACUGUGUUACCUCACUCGGUUCCAGUCAGUGCGAUGGGUUCAGUGCUGGGCAGCUCCCACUGGUUAAGGUCGUGGCCCGGCCGCUAACUCGCAUGGGUGAUUGUAUGUAGCCUGUGCGUGCCACGGAGAGUUUUCAUGCGGUAGACUAUGGAGGAGUUGGCCAGAGAGAGCAUUAGCCUGCUGGCUUCAGCCUCAGCCAAGCCGCGGGUGGAAGUGGCCGGGCCCCGGCUAGGCUCCAUGGGGGCCAUCUUCAUCAUGCUGAAGUCUGCGCUGGGCGCUGGACUCCUCAACUUCCCUUGGGCCUUCGCGAGAGCCGGGGGCAUCCACAGUGCAAUAACCGUGGAGCUGGUCUCCCUUGUUUUCUUGGUCAGUGGUCUGAUCAUCCUGGGCUAUGCGUCCUCUAUAAGUGGCCAGUGCACCUACCAGGCAGUGGUAAAGGAGGUGUGCGGCCCAUCCAUCGGUCAGCUGUGUGAGAUCUGCUUUGUUUUUAAUCUUUUUAUGAUCUCUGUGGCCUUCCUUGUCAUUGUGGAUGACCAGCUGGAGAAGUUGUGCGGAUCCCUGUAUGAGCUGGUAACUGGUUUGCCAGACUCAGAGAUGCCCUAUCACUUCUACACGGACCAACGCUUUGCCCUGGUGCUGCUGUGUGCCUUCCUCAUUCUGCCUAUUUCCACCCCAAAAGAGAUCAGCAUUCAAAAAUACAUCAGUGUACUCGGCACUCUGGCUGCGACCUACUUGACCACAGCCAUCAUCAUCAAGUAUCACACGAUGCAUUCUGUUCUCCUUCACAUAACCCCUCUCUACAGCAGUGGGAUCAGCUCCUGGGCAUCCACGUUCAGUGUCAUCCCAACCAUCUGCUUUGGUUUCCAGUGUCACGAGGCAUCCAUCGCCAUUUACAGCAGCAUGGAGAACCAGCGUCUCUCUCACUGGGCCUUCAUCUCUGUGGUGACGAUGAUCAUCUGCCUCAUCAUCUACUCCCUCACAGGGGUUUAUGGGUAUCUGACAUUUGGCAAGGAUGUGAAGCCUGACAUUUUGAUGUCAUACAUGGGUGAGGACAUUCUGAUGGUCAUCGCCAGGCUGCUGUUUGGAGUGUCCAUUAUCACCAUCUACCCCAUCAUCCUGCUGUUGGGCAGAUCCGUGAUCCAGGAUCCUCUGCUGAGUUGGUGGCGGAGGUGUGGUGGUGUGGUGACAGUUGAGUUUGAAAGUCGCAGUCGGUACACGCUGACGUUUUUGUGGAUAACCGCAACUCUUCUCAUUGCUGUGUUCGUACCAGACAUCAGUAAAGUCAUCAGUGUCAUCGGGGGCAUCAGUGCCUUUUUCAUCUUCAUCUUCCCAGGACUUUGUCUGAUGUUUGCCAUGCAGUCUGAGCCCGUGUCUUGCAAGACCAGAGUCUUCCUCACAGCUUGGGGGGUGGUCACCCUGCUAUGCGGCGCGUUCAUCUUUGGCCAGAGUACUACUAUUGCUGUUAUGCAACUCCUUGGAAAGAUCUGAUGCCGAAGACUUGAUUGGGGAAAAUAGCUUCGAUCUUGUUCUUGUGCUGCUGAAGACCUCAUGUUCUUCACUCUUGACAGAACAAUCAAUGUGCCUGCCUCUGAAGACCAGAUGUUAAGCAGCCUCGAUGACAACAAACUUAAUCCCAUCACCUCUUUGGUGUGUUUGGGCUAAUUAUUCAUUAUUGAUGAGCUCUGACUGGGGUGGAUGUGUGGUUGAAUGCUCUCAUGAGCAUCACAAAUGUGUGUACAGCUAGUGUAUGUGUGUGUGGCGAAGUGAUGGUUGUGUGUUUUAAUGUUUAUAUGUGAGACUCCAACUCCAACCAAGUGGGCAUAAAACACCUCUCGCUUCUGUGAAAUGGAAAUUUUCCAUUUUCACAGGUUGCUACGAGCGAUUCGGUCGUUAUAUUCACGUGGCACUAAAUUUAAAUACCAAUUCAAAUAAAUCCAA